AUGGAUCGCCCGGCGGCCCCGGCGGGCUCGACAGCCCCCAAAACACCGAGCAAGAGCGGGGCCGGGACAGAAGACAUUGAAGACGUCAUCAAGACUCUGAACAAAUCAUAUGGUCUUGGUAUAGACCUCAUAAACAUUGGUCAUACACCACAACACCGAAGAGCGCUGGGCCUUAAAGACGAAGACAUCGCACGAUGGAAUAAUAUCCGGGCCGGUGUCAAGUACCUUUUGAACCAAGACGAGAUACAGCUCGACCUGGCGCUCAUGGCGUUCAACCGGCAGUCCAAAGAAGCGAGCCAGCAUUGGGUGCCCAAACCGCGCGGUGAAAGUGACACCGUGCCCAGCACCUUCAGGCCGCCUAAGGCAGAGACGGGCGAGCAGCGACGACAACUGCAGGAAAUUCUGAUUAGGGUAUUUGACAGAGCUAGGAAAGAAGUCAUUACCGCAAGCAAUUCACGCCGCACAAAGACACCUGGCACAACAUCUGCAGCUAAGGCCAAAUCAUCAGCCAAGGUUAGAGCAGAGGCUGAGUCUGGGUCUGGGUCUGGGUCUGGGUCUGACCAGGCAGGCGGUGUUGCCAAGCGGUUGUUCGAUAGAGUCGACAGCCACGAGGUGAAACGCCAAAAGGGUGUGGUGUCUUUAGGUCUGGAAGAGUCACGCCCAGCUCCGGGGCAGUUCUCAAGCACAGCGAACUUUCGCACCCACCAACUUGACAAUGUGCCAACUCGGCAACGGCCCACCUUGCCGGCAGCACCGAGGGUACCUCUUCAACAACCAACUCGGCACACUGCGGUUGACAGCAAUCACGGCGGGGGUGUAAUUACCACGACGGAUGGUUGUGACGAGUCUGGUACGGACAGUGCAGCCGCUGGUCGUGAAAAGAUGCCAAGGGGCGGGCUUCCUGUGGUGCCUCAGCCAGCAGUGGGGCAAUUUUCUGCCAAGGGGGCGGUGGUUCGGCCGCCUAAUAUGGCGGGCGUGCAACCUUCCCAGCGUGCCGAACCGGCGGGCCGGCCGGCCCUCUCGGUGCCGGUCCCUCUCCAGGAUAGGCUGGGGAGCGUCUUUCCGGUCUUCCCUGGGUGGCUCCACCCAGCGCCGCUGGCCAUCGCCUGGGAGGUAACCCGGAUCUGCCUCCAUUGUGGGGUGGAUCUGGAGGACCCUUCCCUCCGGUACCAGCGGGAAUGGGCCAAGUCCGACUUGGUCGGAAUCUGGAGGAGCCUCCAGGAACUCGACGUCUUCCGAGGCAAGACGUUCCCGGAGCGCCCUUCGCCGGAGGCCUUCGCUGCCGCGCUGUCCGGCAACUUUGAGUGCCGCGGGAACACCGUGGCCAUGACCGCAAGCUUGGAUUUCAAUCCAGCAUCGUCCGGCCCUCUUCUACUGCUGGACAUGAAGCCUCUCCGCCUCGACGAGGGAUGCCGGCUGACCCGGCGAUUCGGCGCCGACCGCUUCCUGGAGAUAGUGAUGCCAUCUCCAACGGGAAGCGCUGUCCCCGACGCAAUCAAGAAGAUGGACGGCGCGGAGGAACAGAUCUUCCAGUGGAUUUCGGGGCGCCGACACAACCUCGUCGGCCGAGAAUGGCAGGUGUUCUUCUCCAAGGACGCCGGAUACCGCAAGCCGGCCAAGGACGUCCGCCUCGGCCCGGACUCUAAGUCGACGUACAAGGAGCGCGUCCACCUCUUCGCGGAGAACGGUCCCAAGUUUAGGCGGGUCACCAUCCGAUCCAGGGCCGAAAUUCCCGUCGACGCACCGCAGCAAUGGUCACAGAUGAGGGCCGGUCAUGUGCUAGACUGGUUGCUGCAGCUGGAGCAGAACGGCCAACAGCCGUACCUCAAGCUGUUUUCGCGUAUCCAGCUUGGCCUCAGCAAGACGUUCCCGGCGCUGACGUUGGAAAUCGGCCAGGUGAUCCACCACAGCGAGGAUAUCCUCUCUCCCAUUGACAAGGUCAUGAACGACGGCAUUGGCCGCAUGUCGCGCACCGUGGCCAGGAAGAUCCGCGACGCAAUGGGGCUCAUGGACAUUCCGUCAGCGAUCCAGGGCAGGUUGGGCUCCGCCAAGGGCAUGUGGCUACUAGACGUGGCGGACAUGGGCGACGAGGACUGGAUCGAGACAUACCCUUCACAGCGAAAGUGGAUAUGUGACGAUUCAGAGGCCGCCCACCGCACACUCGAGAUACGCAGCAUUGCGUUGGAGUUGAGUCCCGCGAGACUCAACCUGCAGAUCCUCCCCGUGCUGGAAGACCGUGCCUUGGACCCGAUCCUGAUGCGAGAAGCCAUCGGCGGGCGGCUCACGGGAGACCUACAGCGGCAAUUUGAGGUGCAGAAGACGGUCAUGAACCACCCCGCGCAGCUCCGACAGUGGGUCAACGAGAGCUCCAAUACCCGCGGCGACCGCGUCAAACACGGCCGGGUUCCUUUCCUCGCCGGCCUCCCCGACAACAAGGCCGAAGUGCAGAGUUUGCUGCUAAACAGCGGCUUCGACCCCCGGGCGCAAAAGUACCUCCAGGAACUGACCUGGGACCUCCAGAAGCAGAAGUGCGACACACUGCGGAGCAAGCUCAACGUUCGCAUCGGGCGCUCGACCUAUGCUUACAUGGUGGUCGACUUUUGGGGCGUGCUGGAGGAAAAUGAGGUCCACCUGGGCUUCUCCUCUCGGUUCCGCGACGACACGGGCAGCAGCGACUUCUCGGAUACCAUGGUGGCCAACUGCGACGUGCUUGUUGCCCGAUCCCCCGCUCACUUUAUCAGCGAUGUCCAGAAAGUGCGCGCUGUGUUCAAGCCCGAGUUGCAUGCGCUCAAGGAUGUGAUUGUCUUCUCGGCUAAGGGAAACGUCCCCCUGGCUGACAAGUUGUCGGGCGGUGAUUACGACGGCGACAUGGCUUGGGUGUGCUGGGAUCCCGCGGUUGUCGACAAUUUCAUGAACGCCGAUGUUCCAGAGGAACCAGAUCUGUCCGAGUACCUGGGCAAGAACAAGGAGACCUUCCAGGACCUUGUUGAUGCGCAGCCGACCAAAGUCCGCGCCGACAACCGCUACCAGGCCCACUGCGACGCGGCGCUCGACAUGAUCAAGCGCAGCAUCCCGUUCCAGAUGGCGCCCAACUUCCUGGGCAUCUGCACCAACUUCAAGGAACGGGCCUGCUACUGGGCCAACAACGUGUCGGACUCCCGCGCCGUGCUCCUCAGCUCUCUUGUCGGCAAGCUGGUCGACCAGAGCAAGCAGGGCAUCCUCUUCAACGGUGAUGACUGGGACCGCCUCCGCCGCGACCACUUUGCCGGUCGCGUGCCUCGCGACGAGCCAGCCUAUAAGGGCAAUCAGUGGACGGUCCGGGGCAAAAAACCGCGGCACAUCAUCGACUACCUCAAGUUCACCGUCGCCAAGCCCGCGAUUGACCACGAGCUGGAUACCUUCCACAAGACGCUGAGCCCGGCGGACGAGGCCCUGCGCGCCCACCACUGGGACCCGCAGCUGGCCGUGUACCACAACGCCUUCAGGGCGGCGGUUGAAAAAUCCGCCUCGCUCAAGGAGUUGCUCGCCGCGUUGACCAACGCCAUUGCGGCGGUAGAGAAAGAGUGGCGCAGGCUCGUUUCCAACCGCGAGAACCACAUGCCCUACCCGGACAAGGUCAAGCUCGUCCACGCCCAAUGGCAGGCCAUCGACCUGGCCUCGCUGGCAACAACCACCCCGACCAUCGCAGCUGCUCUCGAUGCUCAGCUCACGAUGCUUCUCGGCCAGGGGUUCCUCGACGAGCACGGCGGCUGCGCGGCCUCUGCCACAGGGUUCUGGUCGCUCCUCAAGGCCAGCACGGCCUUCAACGCCUACUACCGAAGCAACCCGCGUUUCGUGUGGCAGAUGGCCGGCGCCCAGCUGGCGUUUAUGAAGGCCCAGUUUUGCGCGGGCGGGAACCCUCCGCCGGUGGAUUCCAGGACGGGCGCGGGCAACGCCGCGGGGACUGGCACGGCCGAUGCCAUGGCGUUGUUGGUGACGCCGGGGAUGUAUGCGGGCUUGGUGCCGGAUGGCAAGUUUACCAAGCAGUAUAUGGCUCGGUUGGAGGGGGCUGAGGAGGGGGAGGACACUGGGGAGGACACUGGAGAGGACUCGGAGGUGCAGGAGCGGGCCGGGCAGUGGGAUCGCGGGGAGGACUUUGAGUAG